AUGUCUUCGUCUGGUGCAUCGCCGCCAAAGCGUGGAAGGCCAAGAGAUGAGAUAGGAUUUGUGCGCAUAAAAUUAAAGAAGGACGUACAUGAGAUGUGGAUUACGAGAAAAGAUUCUAUUGGAUUCUCAACGAAGACACAUAGUGAUUUUGCACGGUACUUGCUUCUGAAUUAUUGCGAAGACGAGCCUUUGCAAUCAAUGGAAUCUCCAGGCGAUGGUAAAUACUACAUAUUUGUUAUUUAAUAAUGCAAUUAAUUUCUUUAUAUUUUAAAAUGAUUUGUUAUCUACGUCCUAUAUGAUCAUAUAUUUUGUAUAUUACACUUCAGAUCGACCCUUGCCGUAUGUUCUGUCUUCAACACCUGUUGGUAAAGGCAAACCUGAUCGAAAUUUGUGUUUGUCACCCAUUGUCCAUGAGACUGACAAUGACAUGUGAGUGUUGAAAAUAAUAGAACGUAAGAAAUACGGUGGAUAUUAUCCUUUAAAUGCUUUAAUAGUAGUGCCUUGUUGCCGAACAUGAUGUCACAAUAUUAAUGUGUUUUUCCUUGACCUUGAAUAACAGAAUAAGCCAAUAAGGGGCUGUUUAUAUCGAAGCCAGGCUGAUCGGCCAGGUAAGCAGGAUAAAUGUCUCUUCUGUUUAUAUGAGAAACUUUUAUACUGCUUGCCAGGAAAAUUUUUUUUUGACAGUUAAAAAUAGCUUGCAGCGGCAUCUUUGAACUGUCAUCCCUGCAACCGGGCCAGCUUGUUUGUUCAUGUUUAGAUAGAGAAAUCUUUAUUCUGGCAAGUGACAUCUCACCUCUUUCAAAUGGUAAUUUUUACUAUAAAAAUAACUGCACAGUGAGAUCUCACCACAGUAUAGAGAGACGACCAGUAGCGCUACUUAGGAGAGAAAAGUGGGAAUUAUUUAAGCUAGGUCCCAGGUGUCUUACACGGCCAAAACAUUACUCUGUAAUACAAUUUCAUAGUGAACUGCUGCCGUUGGCUGCCAAUAUGUAAAUUAGGUUGGCAGCCAGUAAACAAUGUGGACACUUUUUUACACUGAGUGGCCCUACUGUAGUUUUCCUAUACUGUGAUCUCGUUUACCAGGCUAUCUCCUGACUAAGAAGGCCAACCCGGUUCCAUAUAAAGUCUUGAGUUAUAUAGCAACUGGUAUACUGUAUAUUGUAUCUUAUCUAUUUUGUUCUUUAUUAUCGUUUGGCUCAUUUUGGCUAUUUCACAUAGUUGGACGUGCUCCUGUCAUGAGAGAUACUACCAAAAUGAAACCAGGUUUACUGGAAAUCAGGGUUAAUGUAAUUUACUUUCCCAAACAGAGCCAUGGAUGUUGCACCUAUAUCUGCUAGUCUUGACGUGAGCAGAAUUGAGAGUCUUUCCAUAUCUGUCAAUCCUGAAUUUGGAUUAUACCAUGAAGACCCUUCAUUCGAGAGUGAUAGCACAAGUUCGGAAUCAGAUCAUGAUACAAGGUAAUUAUUACUUGCAUAGUUGUAUUCACAAUUUAGUUAAUAAGUAGCAGCAUCUUUUGAGUUUUGAUGGCAAAUCAAAUAGUAUGCAAUGAGUCAUCUGAUAAAAAAAUCCACACUUCCCAACACUUUCCCAUCCCCCCUUCGGGAUGUUCUAGUACAUUUUAUUAACCAAAAAGGAUUCCUCAUUUCCUAUCAUCCUCUACUGGAUUCUAAACAUUUUCUUUUACCUUUUCCCAAAUAUUUAUUCACUUUUACAUGUGAACCUUUUAUUAAUAGUUCCUGUGAUUCAAGUGAAUAUGAUAGUGGAUCUGAAGAUGGCCAGUGCAUUUAUGAUGUUCAAGG